AUGUCUGUAGUCUCGAGGCCAUCGAUACUUGAAGUCAGCAGGAGGGUAGAAGAGAGGGAGCGCAACGCGCCUGUUCCCUGUCAAUGGCCAGAUAACCCGACAUCCGCGCAUGCAGCCGAUGCUAAUGAUCCUGCCCAACCCCUGACCGUAUCCGCCGACCAAGUCGAAUAUGGUAUUUUAUGCGUGAAACUUUGGAAGAUCAGAUCAAAUGUUCCGGGGCAAUGGAAGCCUCGAGCCAUAUUAGAACACGGCAGUUCGCUCAUAGAGCUCGACCUCAGCAAAUGGCUGAUAUCGGGGUCUGUCGCGCGUGGUCACGCAACAACUCUUCGGAUCGACCUGUCUCUUAUGGCGCAACCCUGCGAGGCCAUCCUGCACCUGCUUUUUGAGCGCCACUUGGACUCGAAUCAGUCGCCGAGGGGGGGCGAUGCGGUACUGGAUCUCGGCUCAAUAAGCUUAGGGCCAUUUGCGGAACCCCGUACGAUGAGAAUGGAGUCCUGUUUCUUCAAGGAUGCUGCGGUCGAGAUCGACAUAACCGUCACAUUCUCACGAGCCCAUCUCCCUAUCAUGUUGGAAGACAGGAUGCUGAGCAAAUGGCGUAGAGGGCCACGUCGUGAUCUUGGUGACCUUCAGCUCAUCGAAGCGAAGGACACUGAUACUUUCUACCUCAUGACGACCAUAUCUGCAGAAGACUACCGGAAGGGAUCGGCCACAUUCUCUCAUGAAAGCCCUUGGAUCCUGCCAGUCCGGUUUUCGUACAAAUCCCCAGGUCACCUCCAUUUCUUAAGCCCGAUCUCAAGCAACAAGCAUCUCCUCGGCCUCGUCCAGAAGUGCCGCCGAGUAACCAACGGAAAGGCUCAACUGUACGCCGCACAGCUUGUAUGUGCACUGGAAAGCCUGCACGACCUGGGUGUAGUCGGCUUGCUUAGCUCUGAAAAUGUCCUCGUGGAUGUGUUUGGUGACAUCCGCAUCAUCACCCCGAGACUGUUCACGACCGACCAGAGUUUCAGCCAAACGGUAUACACCGCUCCCGAGGUUCUGAGGGGUGAAGAACCGUCUCAACUCACGGACUGGUGGAUGAUGGGAGCCCUUCUCUACGAGAUUUUGACGGGGUUACCCCCUUUCUAUCACGAAGUUCACGCCGAGAGAGAUCGCAAGACCCUCGCGGAGGAAUUAGACGUGCCCACAUAUGUCCAGGGCGCUACGGCAGAUAUCCUACGACGCCUGCUAGACAGGAAUCCAGCUCAACGCUUGGGAGGAGUAUGUGGCGUAUCAGAGAUCAAGAAACACGACUUCUUCGUGGGUCUCGAUUGGCAACAUCCCAGCGCCGGACGCUCUGAAUUAACCCCCUCUCAACCACACAAUGCCGACAACAUCUUCAAAAACUCACUUAACAAUGUCACCAUCAAACCACCUCGAAAACCUCGCGAGUCCGGGGGGUAUGUGUAUGAGGAGUACCCCUAUGGUCAACUGGCCAACGGCGGCAAACCCGAACAGACUAUAGGACGGCUGCGAAGCUCGUCUGAUAUUUUCAACCCAGCUCUCUCCGAGCGGGUGCAUCUGAGCCCAGACCAGGCUGCUGCAAACGCUCUUCAGGCAGACCCUGGACGUGAGGGCGGCGAGCCCGAGGCAAUCAUGGCACGGCUUAAGGCGGCGUUACAGACGAAGCAAAGCACGGAGAAAGUCGCCCACAUUCUCGACGGCUGCGCCAGCGACGUACUAGCAACCGUCCUCAUGUCUCCCAUCCUCCUCGUCAACAUGACGCCCAUCGACACGAUUGCGCCCAUGACACUGUCGUGCGAGGUCCCGAUCACAGCGCUUGAAUGGACGGUGGAGCUUGGGCGUGCGGACCUGGUCCUCCUCCUCCUCGGCUGGGGUGCGGAUUCUAAUUUUACCUUCGACGAGAGGUACGGCCCUGCGCUCACACGGGCAGCCAGAGAGCGGAGGACGCAGCUCGUGGACAUUCUUGCCCCUAAAACGAGCCGCAUUCUCGCGCUACGCACGCUCUGCCUGGCCGUCGAGCAAAGGGACAUACCCACCGUCACGUGCCUUCUUUCCCACGGCGUCCCCUGCGACUUUGAUGCGGCAGACCACCCCCUGCCGUCCCCACGGACAUCCCACCAUGAGACGGGCUUCUGCGGCACCGAGCCCUCCAUGAUUUGGGGCUUCUAUCUUCCUCCCGUCAUCCGCGCAGCGAGGCACGGCGACGCCGCCAUGGUUCGCCUGCUGCUGAGCCAUGGCGCGGACCCCAACACUGCAUAUCACUCCAUGACCUGGCUAGCGCCGGAGUGGCACGACUCCUGGCAGGAGGCGGCGGAAGCCAGGGGCUCGUGGAAUGCUGGCUUUGUGUGUGGGCGGGUCGUGCAGUUGGCGAUGCAACUUGAACACCGGGACGUGGUCGACGCGUUGCUGGAAGGUGGCGCGGAUAUCGGGCUUCCCCAUUCGGAGUGGCCCGGGCCAGCGCACUUUUGUUCUACGGUGCCGCGGAGCGUGUAUCUCCGGGUAACGGCUGGGCUGGAGGAGGCUGCUAGAGUCAGGGGCGGGUAG